UUUUAUAGUCAAACGUUACCGCGAUCGAGCUGGUGCAUCACUUUUGUGAGGUUUUGAAGAUUGUGUAUGAAUUUGUUAAAUUCAUGCAAGUUCUUGUACCGUAUGGGUAAUUAACUCAAACAUUUAAAAGGAAGUGGGUUUGAAUGCAGAGAGAUUUUGGCCACUGCAAAAUCAAAUCAGUGAUUUUAGCCACUGCGACACGCUUGCCUGCCGUGUGCCGGUCUAUCCACAGGACGGGAUGUGGGCUGGCAAUGACAGAGGGCGUCUCUCUCCAUGACCGGAAUGAACUGCAACCCCAAAAGAUGGCGUCCAACUGCUCUGUUUGCUGCAGCCGCUAGCCGACGAACCCAAAAGCCUCCUUUGCCGUGGUUUGAAUGCAGUCCAAGGCUGCCACCCUUCCUAGUUUGACCGUCGUCGUCCUCCUCCGUUGUUUGCCAAAGGCUGCGAUGCCUGUCCUCCGCCGUCCGCCGUCUGACCGUCGUAGUUCCGUGACCGCGUGACCCGACCUGAGCAGUCGAGCGAGCACCAUCCGGUUCACUCCGCUCCGCUUGGCCCCGACGGCCAGCAUAAAGCCCCACCCCCGUCGCCUGCCGGGGCAACGCCGCCACCACCACUUCCCCUCACCAGUCAGUCACCACCGACGCCGCGCGCGCGCACGCACGACCCUCCGCACCAAGCUAGCCUGGCCGAGAUGGCGUCCGCCGCCUCGCCCGCGCCGUCGUGGGUCAUCCUGGGCAGCGUGCCGCGGGUGCUCUCGGCGGCCGACGCCAACGCCGACCUCCCUCCGGGUCCAGGCGCCGCCGACUUCUCCCUCGCGCUGCCGGCGCCCCCGCGCGUCGCGCUCCUCACCAUCCCCCCGCGCAUCUUCCCGUGCCGCACCACCCCCGAGAACUUCCCCUCCGUCCUCGCCGCCGACCCCUCCGCGGGCCUCCUCCUCCUCCACGCCGACCAGGGCCGCGCCACGGGCCCCACCAUCAUUGACACCCCCGGCCACCAGGAGUUCUCCUGGCGCCCGCUCGUCGCGGGCUACUUCGUGCUCGACGCCGCCGCCGCCUCCGCCCUGCCGCUCCCCAAGCCCGAGCUCAUCGCGCACCCGGGCCACCUCGGCCUCGUCGCCUCCCCGGUCGGCGAGGGCUACAUGGUCGCCGAGCUGCAGCCCUUCCUCGGCGGCGACACGGCCUACCUCCUGCGCUUCUCGUCGCAGGUCGGGGAGUGGGUCAGCAAGAGCGUCGGCUACCCACUCCCGGCACGCCCGCUCAGCCCCAACGGCGUCGUCGCCUGCUCCGGGAGGCUCUGGUGGGUCGACCUCUCCUGGUGCCUCCUCACCUGCGACCCCUUCGCCGACGCGCCGGCGCUCGACGUCGUCCCGCUCCCGGACGGCAAGGCGCUCAAGUCCAAGGAAGCCUGGGGGCUGCUCGACAAGUACCGCUGCGUGGGCGUCAGCGCCGGCAAGCUGCGGUUCGUCGACAUGUACCGCAACCGCAACAGCAACGGGGCCGCGCAGAUCAGCGUCUGGACGCUCGCCGACUACCCGUAGUCCACGGACUGGACGCUGGAGUGCGAGACCACCUUCGCGGAGAUCUGCAACGACGCCAGCUACAAGGCCACUGGUCUGCCGAGGAAGAUCCCCGUGCUCGCGCUCAUCCAUCCCACCAACCCCGACGUGGUCUACUUCUUCCAGGACGAGCAGCUGAUCGGCGUCGACGUGCGUGCCCGCAAGGUCGUGGGGUGCGAGGUCUACGAGCUGGUUGAGCCGCCGCGCGAAGACGUCGCUUCCCGCUUCGUUCACGCUUGGCAGCUGCCACCGGCUCUCUGCUCAGGUCCUGCAGAGGAAACCGUCGAUGCCGCAGCUGAAGAGCUGGAGCAACUGAAUCUGCAUGAUUAUCUCAAAAAGUACAAGCUCAUCUGUUAGAUGAAGAUGAGGAAUGAGAAUCAGGGUUAACUUCUUAACAGGUAGGGGAAGUAAAACUACAUCGAAGUAUCAGGCUGUUGUGAUGCUGAGUGACCACUGGCCGGUUGGCAACGGCUGAAAUGUUUCGGUGAUCACUGUUUUAGCUGAGACGUUAGUAGUAUUGUUUUUUACGAUGUAGCACUAUGCAUGGAUGAUCCACCACUGUCUUGGCUCAGAACUAAAGUCCAGUUCUCAUGGGUAUUACUGCAAGGCAGAACUACUUCAGUUAGGCUGUUGCUUUUUCCUUUUGAGGGAACAAUCAGUUAAGGUCUUGUCAUGUUUCUUGCUGAACUGGGCAAAAUGUUUGCCACAUUCAUUGGUUAAGAACAAGGUUUAGAGUUUUUGGCCAAAGGAA